GGGGCGGGGCUAGCCGGCGGGGAAAGGGAAGAUGGCGGCAGGGGCGGCCGCUGGUGGUCUUGCUGCUGCUGCUUCUGCUGUCGGGGCGCCGGGGGACGCCGCGGGUCCGCUCCGGGCGAAGGAGGCGGGGGAGGCCGCGGCUGCGAAGGCGCUGAGGCGAGCCUGAGAAGGAGGGAAGGAGGAAGCAAGCGCUGAAGGGGGCGGGCGGGCCCAUGUCCCCGUCCCUCGUCGCCACCGAGUGAAGGGCAGGCAGGCAGGCAGGCGAGGCAGUGGCGGCUGAGGGGCCCGCGGAGGACGAGGACGAGGAAGACGAGGAGGAGAAGCAGGAGGAGGAGGAGGAGGAGAAGGCCACGGCAAGAUGAAGUUCGCCGAGCACCUCUCCGCGCACAUCACCCCGGAGUGGCGGAAGCAGUACAUCCAGUAUGAGGCUUUCAAAGAGAUGCUGUAUGCAGCUCAGGACCAGGCCCCUUCCAUAGAAGUCACAGAUGAAGAUACGGUAAAGAGGUACUUUGCCAAGUUUGAAGAGAAAUUCUUUCAAACAUGUGAGAAGGAACUUGCCAAAAUCAACACAUUUUAUUCUGAGAAGCUUGCAGAAGCUCAGCGCAGGUUUGCUACGCUACAGAAUGAACUGCAGUCAACCCUGGAUGCACAGAAGGAAACCAGUGGUCUUACUACUCUGCGGCAACGUAGAAAGCCAGUCUUCCACCUGUCCCACGAGGAGCGUGUGCAGCACAGGAACAUCAAAGAUCUUAAACUGGCCUUCAGUGAGUUCUACCUCAGCCUCAUCCUACUGCAGAACUAUCAGAAUCUAAACUUCACAGGAUUCCGUAAGAUCCUAAAGAAACAUGACAAGAUCCUGGAGACACCCCGAGGUGCAGAUUGGAGAGUGGCUCAUGUUGAAGUGGCACCAUUCUAUACCUGUAAGAAAAUCAACCAACUCAUCUCUGAAACAGAGACCGUGGUAACCAAUGAGUUGGAAGAUGGAGACCGCCAGAAAGCCAUGAAGCGCUUACGUGUCCCACCACUUGGAGCAGCGCAGCCUGCACCAGCAUGGACUACUUUCAGGGUUGGACUGUUCUGUGGAAUAUUAAUUGUGCUGAAUGUUACCCUCAUACUUUCAGGUGUGUUUAAAAUGAAAGGAUCAAACGUGUGGCCAAUCAUAAGAAUCUAUCGUGGUGGCUUUCUCCUGAUAGAAUUCCUUUUUCUACUUGGCAUAAACACAUAUGGCUGGAGGCAAGCUGGAGUGAAUCAUGUCCUGAUCUUUGAACUCAAUCCCCGCAGUAAUUUGUCUCAUCAGCAUCUUUUUGAGAUUGCUGGGUUUCUUGGGACAUUGUGGUGCCUGAGCCUGCUGGCAUGUAUAUAUGGUCAAGAUACUGAUUUUCCUAUACAGACAAACCCACUUAUCUUAUAUGGAUUUAUGUUGCUGUUUCUCAUCAACCCUACAAAAACGUUCUACUACAAGUCUCGUUUUUGGCUGCUCAAACUCUUGUUUCGGGUGUUCACUGCCCCCUUCCAUAAAGUGGGCUUUGCAGAUUUCUGGCUUGCUGACCAGCUUAACAGUCUGGCUGUGAUACUUAUGGAUCUCGAAUACAUGAUUUGUUUCUAUAGCUUUGAACUCCAGUGGACAGCUAAAAAUGCAUUGUUGGAAAAUCCAGGUAUUCAGAUCUGCAACACCUAUGCCUAUGGUGUGCGAGCAGUUGUUCAGUGCAUUCCUGCUUGGUUAAGAUUUGUCCAGUGCCUGCGCCGAUACCGUGAUACCAAACGGGCCUUUCCCCACCUGGUUAAUGCUGGCAAAUACUCUACCACAUUCUUCAUGGUGACAUUUGCAGCUCUUUACAGCACUCACAGAGCGAAAGACCAUGGUGACACCCCAGUGUUCUUCUACUUGUGGAUCGUCUUCUAUUUUAUCAGCUCCUGCUACACCCUGAUCUGGGAUUUGAAGAUGGACUGGGGUCUCUUUGAUAAGAAUGCUGGUGAAAAUACUUUCCUGCGGGAAGAGAUUGUGUAUCCGCAAAAAGCCUAUUAUUAUUGUGCCAUUGUAGAGAAUGUGAUUUUGCGAUUUGCCUGGACUAUCCAGAUCUCUCUCACCGUCAUGAAAAUCCACCCUCAUGUUGCGGAUAUCAUUGGUACAGUGUUUGCACCACUUGAGGUUUUCCGGCGGUUUGUCUGGAAUUUCUUCCGAUUGGAGAAUGAGCACCUGAACAACUGUGGUGAGUUCCGAGCGGUCAGGGACAUCUCAGUCGCACCACUGAAUGCCGACGAUCAGACUCUGCUUGAACAGAUGAUGGACCAGGAUGAUGGUGUCCGAAAUCGUCAGAAAAAUCGGGCCUGGAAGCGUAGCCAGAGUCUGUCCUUGCAUAGACCACGUCUUGCUUCACAGUCCAAGUCCCGUGACACCAAGGUGUUAAUAGAAGACACAGAUGAUGAAGCAAACACAUGAAACACCUACAGAAUCAAGUUCCACAAUCCUUGUGUUCUUUACUACCUUUCCCCUCCCCAUUCCCAAACCAUCCCAACCUGUUGUGUAGUUUCAGCUGAAAACAGGAGAAGAAUCUGAACACACUCUCUGAGCUCUUCCGGACCGGAUCCUAUGGACUCCACCAAGCUCACUGUGUUUUCUUUUCUUUUCUUCUGGUUUUAAAUUGAGUUGUUGUUUUUAAAAUAAAAUGUAACUUCGUUUUGCCAAUCAGAGGGACACUAAAGGAACGAACUGUCUUAAAAGAUUGUUUACAAUCUCUACAAGGACAAAUAAUCUGGAUGAAAAAGCCUCAUCGGGACUCCCUCAUGGGAUGGACUCUACCGAGAACUCACUCAAUCUUUGGUCAGUCCAGUUUUGUCUGGUUGAAACUGGAUCUGCGUUUUUAACUCUGGCUCGCGCUCUGGUUUUUUGGUGUUAUCCUUCAUAUCCAGCGCCAAGGCCCUGGCUGCACUUGCCGGGAAAGUGCACUUAGAGCAGUACCUUCAUUCACGAAGCUACUUUAUAAUUUGAUGUAACUGUCUUAUAAUUUUUUUGAAAUAUGAUGUAUUUGUUGCACAUAGUUUUCACAUUAUUUAUGAUAGUUAACAACCAUAUGAGAAUGGUUUUGAGUCCUGUGCAAUGAAGAUGGUAACUCUCUAAAAAUAAGGCAAGUGGUGGGGGGGAAGGGGAUGUAGACCCUGGAUCUCUCUUGCUGCAAGGUUAAGCCCUUUAAAAUACCUCUUUGAUUAGAGAACUUGCACCGGUUUAACCUGGCUUAUUUUUCCCCUUUUUUCUGUUUAAUUUAAACCAAAGUUUCUUUAGUGGGUUUUACUUGUUGCUGCUGGUGAUGGUCCCUGAGAAAGCUGGGCACCUUUCUUAGCCAGUUCAUCCAUGUGUUCGUAACUGUGCAGAAAUGGUAUCAAUUAUUUUCAGUUGAAGGAAGGUUAGUGCGAAUUAAUCCGGUGCAGUGCAUCAGAUAACCAUGCAAAAAAUAAAACAAAAGCCUUUGAAGGCUGAUAGUUUUCAUUUUAAUGAGCUGAAUAGGGUAUCAUCCCAUUCUUAAAAUCGGGAGCUCCUGUAUGAUUUUGUUCACUUCAGGUAGAUAAUAGAGAAAAGGGAGAGAGGAGAAGGUCUGCCUUGUUGGGGAACGGGAACGAUGCCUUCAUCCGUUCGUAUGAGGUAAGGCAGAUGCACAUGAGCUUGUCACUUAGGUAAGCAGGAGGCAGCGUAGUCUCCAAGAUUGAGGAAGUUGGUAUUGCAAUAGAAAGGGCUCUUUAACAUUUUUUUAAAUAAAUAAAAAAUAAACUUCUGCCAUACUCUGGCAAAGUCUGACAAUCACUGGCCAAGACCAUCCUCAGGUUAGCUUUUGUUUCAUUUGUUUUAACCCUAUCUUCCCCAAAUCUUAACUGUCCAUCUUAGUGCUAGGCGUAACUUGUACAAGCAUUAUGAGUGGCAUUGCUAGUUGGAUUUAGGGUUAGAUGGCCGUACAGCUUAGGAAAUGCUUUAGUCAACAUUUUCCAGCUUGAUUAUUAUUUUUAAAAUUCCAUAUUAGCCUCAAGAGCCCGUAGGAUAGAGCAGCAUGAAUGUCUAAGAUGACCAUAUCCGCCCGUUGUAGUCGCAAGCCUGUGUUGUGUGUGCCAAGCCUAUGUGCUGAAUGUUAGCAAACGAAAUCUUAUUUGUGCUCUUUGACACAGUUUGUGCCGUGUGUGAGGUCAACACCAUAUAGUGGAAGAAGAUACUUCAAUUUUCCUUAAAUCUGUCUCUUAUCCAAGACUCUACAGCAAGGACUGUUUUGUCUUCUUUUAGCCCUUUCAUGCUUAUUCAUUGCUCCCUUGGAACUGCCUAGGGGUCCUAAACCAGAGUCCCACUUUUUUGGCAAAGAGGUUUCCUUCUUAAUCCUCUUUCUCAAGUUCAUCAUUGUGCUUAUUAAAUAGUUGUUUGGUAUCCACUUAUCAUUCCCCAGCCAGUCACAACAUUUAUUUUUAUAGGGCAACUGUGGUUUUUUGAAAAUAGUAGCGCAGAGAAAUUAGGGAAUUAAAUCUAUUAAUCUUACAUGGAGCAAAAUAACUGAGAGGAAAACUUGACGAUUGCAACUCUUUAGUAUUGUGUUUCUGAAACUGUGCUCUUCCGGUGUUUUUGGACUUCAGCUCCAUGAUAUCCCAGCUGUUAGGAAUUGUAGGAGCUGAAGUCCAAAACAUCUGGAGGAGCACAGUUUGAGAAACUCUGCUCUAGUGUGGUGUUAGAACCACAAAGUGGGACUUCAGGUCAUAUUGACUCAAUGUGCAUUCAUUUUUCAAGAGAUCUGCUGGAAAACAAUCCUAAAUUUGAUUUUGUUAGAAGCCCAAGAAAAGACCAUUUCUGUGGUGACAGUGAACUUGUGUGUUCUUAACUUUUCUAUUCUGUAACAAGAAACAGCCUGCUCCAUUACGAUGAACUGUAAUCUGGUGUACAAUGAUACAUGUCCCUUUUCAGACUAGGAAUUGCCCAACUAUCCAUGCCUUUUUUGAUCAGACAUGAUGUCUACAAUUAAGGUAAUUUCUUAAAUACAGUACAAAUUCUGUAUCUGUGGGACCAGUACUGCGGUUUUGCUUACCCACAUUCAACAAAUUAUAUCCUUUCUAGGAGUUUUCUAAAUCCUCUGGGUGAUUCUAUGGUAUACAUCCAACAGUUACCAUAGAGUUGUCCUGGAGGGCCUAGAAAAUACCUAGAGAGUUAAUUUAAGGUGGACAUGGUUCAUUUUGGUAGAAUUCAUUAUUUCCAGUUUCCAUGUACAUUCAAGAAUGUAUCCUCCUGGGGUUACAAGGGACUUACUGUAUUUCAAGUGUUUUUGUAAAUAGUAACUGAAUAAUGGCAACUACUUUUCCAUUACAGUAAGAUGUCAAGCAA